AUGUUAUGUCUGUGUCCGAUGACAGCAUCAGCUGGGAAAGCAGGUGAAUUAUACUUUCGGCAGAUUAAAACACGACUAGAUCUUAUCGAACCUUCAUUGGCGGUCUGGUCUGGAUUCGCUGACAGAUUGAGUCAGUGUGGUUUUAUAUGUUUGCAAAAGGGCCGCUGUGUGUCCUUGUUGUACAGUCCUGUUGACAACUCUUGUAAGCUUUUCGAUGUCAUCUAUGAUGAAAGUGGAGGCAUUGGUGACAUAGACUAUUAUAUACUAGAUACCGGAAGUACCAUUAGGGUUCCAGAGUCUUGUGUAGAUGUCGCCACCUGCUCAGGAAUAACGACAGAUGGGGAGUAUUGGAUAUACCCCAAGUCAUCCCAGAGAAAAAGAAUCAAGAUCUUUUGUUACAAAUUGGGGUCAGAUCCAUCGGAAUACAUCACUUUAAAGAACACCAACACCUUUAUUCAACAUGAUGACACAAACUGGCCAAGUGCAUUCCAACAAUGCUCUUCUAACUACACACCGCCUUUAAAAAUGGCAGAUUUCACGAAGGUCGGAAUACAGAUUCAGAACAUGGAUGUGAAUGGAACAGACUACACAUUUGCAUUGCUGACUGGUCUGGUCACGGUACCAUUUGGACACAGUAGAGACUGCAAUGGCGAAAGACACAUGCAGUCAUGUCCACACUAUGGAUCGGCAACCAUCAACACCCGUGGGACUGGACUACGUAUAGAUCUCACUCUGGCAUGGGGCGUAACGGAAGGCUGGUAUGCGGAGUUAAGAGAUUUUAAUCGCUCGACAGACGGCGCUGAGAUAUCAUUUACCUGCGCGGGGUGGUGCGGCGAAUGUGGACCUGUUUCUGGACCCAUCAGAUUUCAAGUGUCGAAAGAAUUUAGUAAGAUAUUUAAAAACUAUUUUCUACAAUUAAAAACUUAA